GGUUGUUGCAACUGGGUGGGUCACCUUACUGGAAUGGGAGGUGUGGCCGCUGUGUAGGAUGCCUGCCCUCCCAGUCUUCACCGGCUGCACCUUGGCUUGGGGCGGGGCCAGGCCUUCUCAGUGGGGCGGAACGGGUCAGGGCAGGCUGGGUCCUACCCUCCUACCCCUGAGAUUAACCCGGAACUAACAAGCUCCUUUAGGAAGGCCUUGGAGCCAGAUUGAGUGGUAACCUGAACUGUGAGUGCAGGCCACUGGAGCCAGGCUUUAGACAGAGGAGGACCCAGCCCCAGACGAGGUACACCCUCGGCGGGAGGUGGCACAGUUGUGCAAAGUGCCGACGGCCACAGCGGCAGGACUAUGGCGCCCCCAAGGAACGUGGUGAAGAUCGCCGUUCAGAAGUCUGACGCCAUCCCACAGCUUAUCCAGCUAGACCAGGCAAAGCCCCUGGCCACUGUGCUGAAGGAGGUGUGUGAUGUGUGGAACGUGACUGACUCCGAGCGCUAUGCCCUGAAGUUUGCUGAUGGGCACAAGAGAUACAUCACAGAGAAUAACCGCACGGAGAUCAAGAAUGGAAGCAUCCUGUGCCUCAGCACUGCCCCAGACCUGGAGGCCCAGCAGCUGCUGGGUGGGUUGCAGAGCACAAGUCGUGAAGGGUGCUACCAAGCCCUGAGAAACCUGGUCCCGCUGGCCUCAGACAUGACCUUUGCCCAGGAGGUCAUCAGCCGUGAUGGGCUUCAGAGACUAAGCGCCAUCAUUGAAAAUGGGGAUGACCUAGGGGAGAUGCUGGCCCUUGGUCUAAGGGCUUUCUUGGAGCUCAUGGAACACGGCGUGGUGUCCUGGGAGACACUCAGCAUCCCCUUUGUCAGGAAGGUGGUAUCUUAUGUGAACAUGAACCUGAUGGAUGCCUCUGUGCAACCCUUAGCUCUCAGGCUGCUGGAGAGUGUGACUUUGAGCAGCCCCGCCCUGGGCCAGCUGGUGAAGAGUGAGGUGCCGCUGGACAGGCUGCUGGUGCACCUGCAGGUAAUGAACCAGCAGCUGCAAACCAAGGCUAUGGCAUUGCUGACAGCCAUGCUGCAGGGGGCCAGCCCUGCUGAACGGAAGCAUAUGCUUGACUACCUAUGGCAGAGGAAUCUUCGCCAGUUCAUCUACAAGAAUAUCAUCCACAGUGCAGCACCCAUGGGCGAUGAGAUGGCUCACCACUUGUAUGUGCUGCAGGCUCUUACACUGGGGUUGCUGGAGCCAAGGAUGCGGACACCACUUGACCCCUACAGCCAGGAGCAGCGGGAGCAGCUGCAGGCCCUGCGCCAGGCAGCCUUUGAACCAGAGGGGGAGCCCUCGGGCACAGGACUGAGUGCUGACCGCCGCCGUUCUCUUUGUGUCCGAGAGUUCCGAAAGCUAGGCUUCUCUAACAGCAAUCCAGCCCAGGACCUGGAGCGUGUGCCCCCAGGCCUGCUGGCCCUGGACAACAUGCUCUACUUCUCCAGGCAUGCGCCCAGUGCAUACAGUCGGUUCGUGCUGGAGAACAGUAGCCGAGAGGACAAGCAUGAGUGCCCCUUUGCCCAGAGCAGCAUCCAGCUGACAGUGUUGCUGUGUGAGCUGCUCCAUGUUGGGGAGCCUUGCUCCGAGACAGCCCAGGACUUCUCACCCAUGUUCUUCAGCCAAGACCAUAGUUUCCAUGAGCUCUUCUGUGUGGCUAUCCAGCUGCUGAAUAAGACCUGGAAGGAAAUGCGGGCAACACGGGAGGAUUUUGACAAGGUAAUGCAGGUGGUUCGGGAGCAGCUAGCCCGGACGCUGGCUCUGAAGCCCACCUCCCUGGAGCUCUUCCGAACCAAAGUGAAUGCUCUCACCUAUGGGGAAGUGCUGAGGCUGCGGCAGACAGAGCGGCUGCACCAGGAGGGCACUCUGGCCCCUCCUAUACUGGAGUUGCGGGAGAAGUUGAAGCCAGAGCUCAUGGGCCUGAUCCGCCAGCAGCGUUUGCUCCGACUCUGUGAGGGGAUGCUCUUCCGCAAGAUCAGCAGCCGGAGACGCCAGGACAAGCUGUGGUUCUGCUGUUUAUCCCCCAACCACAAAGUGCUGCAGUACGGGGAUGUGGAAGAGGGUGCCAACCCACCCACCCUAGAGAGUCUACCUGAGCAGCUCCCUGUGGCAGACAUCAGGGCACUCCUAAUGGGCAAGGACUGCCCCCAUGUCCGGGAGAAGGGUUCUGGGAAGCAGAACAAGGACCUCUAUGAGUUGGCUUUCUCCAUCAGCUAUGACCAUGGGGAGGAAGAAGCAUACCUCAACUUCAUUGCCCCUUCCAAACGGGAUUUCUACCUGUGGACAGAUGGGCUGAGUGCCCUGCUGGGCAGCACCAUGGGCAGUGAGCAGACUCGGCUAGACCUGGAACAGCUGCUUACUAUGGAGACCAAGUUGCGCUUGUUGGAACUGGAGAAUGUGCCCAUUCCCGAGCAGCCUCCCCCAGUACCCCCACCCCCUACCAACUUUAACUUCUGCUAUGACUUCAGCAUCACUGAGCCUUGACUGAAGUUGGCCAUGGGCCACAACUGGUGCUGCUGUAGCAGCCACAAAGAGAGAUGAAAAGAAAGCACAGACAACCUGACCAGCAGAGCCUCUAGCAGAAAUAAAGUUGGCUUGGCUUAUA